CCUCAUCUUUCUCAUCGAAAGGCGUUCGGAGCCCGGACGGAUUAUAAUAAAAUCCACUGGACCACGCCUGCCCUACACCUUGGUUUUCUUCGUUGUUCCUCUUCUCUCUCUCUUCCUUCCUCUUCCCCAUUCUUUAUUCCAAAGGGAAUUUACCGAAAUUUCUGGAAACCCCUUUCGUUUCCUUUCCCAUCUUCUUUUAAACUGUGUCAGACUCGUAAGAGUCUGGAAGAAGUAGUGAUGUUCGUGGGCUUGUGGAUUGGUUCCGAUAAGUUGAUGCGAGCUCGUCUUCUGGAGUUGUAGAUGGAAAGAGAGGGGCGUUGCGACGGUGUUCUGGGUUAUUCUCGGUCUCACUGCCAUCUCAUGAACUCUGGGUUAUUGGUCACUGGAUUUUAUUGUUGGGGUUGGGAGUUCUUGACUGCUCUUUUGCUUUUCAGUUGUGCCUAUCGCUGUUGAAAUCCUAGUUAUCCAAGAUCAUCCAAAGCUUUUCUGUUGGAGAUCUUUAGAAUUCUUCUUUCUUGUUUUACGUAUUUUGCUUUGCUUUGUUUUUCUUUUGGGGUGUUCGUCUCUCGUCUCUCGUCUCGUCUCGUCUCGUCUGCUGUUAAUUUAGGAACCGUUGAAGGGUGAUCUUAGAGAAGGAGGCAAAAGGGAUGGCACAUAGAAGCGUGCCGGCGCCAUUUCUGACGAAGACGUAUCAGCUAGUGGAGGAUGCAAGCACGGACGAUGUGAUCUCGUGGAACGACAACGGCACCACCUUCGUUGUCUGGAAACCUGCAGAUUUCGCCCGAGAUUUGCUCCCUAAUUACUUCAAACACAACAAUUUCUCGAGUUUCGUUCGCCAACUCAACACCUAUGGCUUUCGAAAGAUCGUGCCGGACAGAUGGGAAUUCGCGAACGAGUAUUUUCGGAGAGGAGAAAAAGAGCUCCUCUCCGAAAUCCACCGUCGUAAGGCGACAGUUCAGAUCAACGCCGGUGGAAAACCCAACGAGGGAGGAGGAGGACGUUCUUCGUCCCCAGUAAAUUCGGGGGAAGAUAUGGGUUCCAGCUCCACCUCCUCUCCCGACUCAAAGAACCACGCGUCGGAUGAGACGACGGCGACGGCGACGCAACACUUGUCGGACUUGUCGGAUGAGAACGAGAAACUGAGGAAAGACAACCAACUGCUGAGCUCGGAGCUGGAGCAGACGAAGAAGCAAUGCGAGGAGCUUAUUGCCUUCCUCUCCAAGUACAUCAACGUCCCACCCGAGCAGAUUAAUCGCAUCAUGAUGCAAGGAAGCGACAAUGAUCGAUUAUCAAUGCUGCUAGUAGACGACAAGAAGAACAACAACAACAAAGAAGAAGAAGAAAAAGGUGAUGAAGACGAAAAAGGAGAAGAGGAGAGACAAAGCUUGAAGUUAUUUGGAGUGUGGUUGAAAGGCAAGAAGAGGAUGAGGGAAGAGAAAGGUGAGGGAGGUGGGGCAUCAUCAUCUUCUUUGAAGAAGCAGAUGAAGAGGAUGGACUUUGAUGCCCCGUGGAUGAAGAUCUCAUCUUCUCCCGGAGAAACCAGCGAAGUGUGCAACUGAACUAUAUAUCCAAUGCGGUACGCACGGUAAAGGCUGUGUGCACCGAUGACCCAUGUCAUCUACAUCUCUGUUUCAAUCUAGCUAGCUAGGAACAUUAUUAUAUACAGACAUAUACUAGUAAAAAGAGGGGAAAAUAAUGUUCUUCAUUUUGUUGAUUAAGAUAAAAGUUGGAUAUUUAUUUA